AGCCAGAAGCGGCCGAAUGAGGCUGCUGGUAUUGAUGACGGGUCAUCGGAGGAGAAAGAGGAAGGCUGCAGAUCAAGGGGAGAUCAUCCGCUGGGAGUAAACACGAAGCGUGGCUUUGGAUGUUGUGGUCCCGGGAGCCAGGAAAAUCCAGCUCCUGUGGAUUGUUCCUUCUGAACAGCCGCGCCCCUCGCCUUUGUUAGAGGCUUAGUGUUUGGAACAGUAAACAAGAUAAGCAAUUUGUCACAGGUGCAUUUCCCAAUGGAAGCCGGCUGAAACUCCCGGAAUCAGAUGCCUGCUGCUUGUGUCAUUCCCGUCACCUCCUGAUAGAAGCAGUCUCCAAGUCCCCCGUGACUUGGGAAAAUAUCCCACCCCGGCUCCCAUCUCUUCUGGCGGCAAACAAAAUGGAGGCUUUAGAAGUGGACGACAUCAGUCCAGCCUUGGAGGUAACCGAAGACUUCUUCAACACCUUCGAUGCUAAGCUAGAGAGCGUGCAGCCCCCGAAGGUUUAUGGGAUUCAGGAGGUUCCUGAACUGGUUGGGCACGAGGCGUUUAACAAGAUCGCGGCUUGUGGGGACUUGAGAAACAUUGGCUCUUUGGGAAAGACCAGCCUCGUUUGGGAACGCUGCAAAAACGGACUUCUGGAAGCCAAAGUGGAGACGGCGCUGCCGGCCAAAGAGCAUUUUGGAGUUCAGCGGGGGACCGUUCCUGACAACCGUUCCUGGAUGGAACAGAGGGAGGACUCGACUUUUAACAUCUUCAACAUAGGCCAGAGGAGGAGGGAUCGGCCCCAUUCUGUGAAUGACAUCCUAGUGCAGAGCGAGGAAGUGACUUUUAAACCAGGCCAUAACCGGUCUCGCUCUGAUGUCAGCCGCGUGGACAGGGGCGUGGUCUUAAAUGGUGCCCCUCCUCAGCCGCCGUCCAAUCAAGGCAACAGAAAUCCAAAGCUUAUGUUCAUACCAACUGGAUUCCAAAACGGAGAGGAUCUUCAAGGGAACACUGAACAUCAGCCCACAUUCUCCAAUAUCCUGAAGAGAGGCUACCUAGAAAUGAAGGACCACCACGACAGCUACUGGCAGGCCUGUUACGCGGAACUCUCUCCCUGCAAACUGUACCUGUAUCAGCUUGACCGAAGCGGCAACCAAACUCUUCCUACCGUCUACCUGCUCCUGCAUUUCCAAAGCAUCAACGUGGAGACCAAGGUGGUCGACGCCGUUCUCUUCAACAACGCGCAUCUCCAGCUCAAGGCGGAAUCGCCGUGGGAAGCCUUGGACUGGGGACAGAAGCUUUGGGAAGCCGUGCGUUCUUCGGUUCCGUCUUUCCUGAGGCCUCCAGGAGAGGCGAAGGUUUUGCAGAAGCUGGACAACGCUCAGCAUGGCCUUGCUCAGAAUGGCGGGGUGUGGAAGGAGCCUCCCGAGGUCUUCCAAACGACCCCUUCCGCCCCAACUGUCAAAGACUACCAAACUGCUCUCAAAUCAGGGACUCUUUACAGACUGACGCUCCAAAAUAACUGGAAGGCGUUCCAUUUUGUACUCAGCCCGUCUUCCCUCAUGGCUUUUCAGCCCGGCGGGCUCGGCGAAGACCCCCUGCUGAGCUACGGCAUCGACACGUGCCUCUCGGUCCAGACGGACGUGCUGGACGACUGCGACUCGUGUUUUCAGGUGAUCUUUCCCCAAGACGUGCUCCGCCUGCGGGCAGAGACCCGCCCACGAGCUCAGGAAUGGAUGGAAGCCUUGCAGUGUAGCACCAACGCGGCUAGAAGCCUGGGUUCCCACCCGCAGGUAACGCUCAGAAACAAACCCCAAGACCCACCUGGUGGGAAAGAGCUGCAGAGGAUCAAGCGGCAGUCGGUUACCACCAGCUUCCUGAGCAUCCUGACCACUUUGUCUUUGGAAAGAGGGCUGACGGCCCAAAGUUUCAAGUGUGCAGGCUGUCAGCGCUCCAUAGGCCUUUCCAGUGGCAAAGCAAAGGUGUGCAGCUACAGCGGCUGGUAUUACUGCAGCACUUGCCAUGUGGACGACACCUUUCUCAUUCCUGCGCGGCUGGUUCAUAACUGGGACACUUCAAAAUACAAGGUAUCGAAGCAAGCCAAAGAGUUCCUGGAAUAUGUGUAUGAAGAGCCCUUGAUUGACAUCCAUCAGGAAAACCCGAUGUUGUACAGACACGUCGAGUCGCUGGCUACCGUGGUCCGCCUGAGACAGCAGCUGAAAUCCCUCCGAGCAUAUUUAUUCAGCUGCCGAGCGGCCGUGGCCGAAGACCUGCGAAGGAGAAUUUUCCCCCGAGAAUAUCUUCUCCAGCAGAUCCAUCUAUAUUCCCUUGCAGACCUACAGCAGGUUAUUGAAGGGAAAUUGGCACCUUUCCUUGGGAAGGUAAUCAAGUUUGCCACCUCCCACGUCUACAGCUGCAGCCUUUGUAGUCAAAAGGGGUUCGUCUGUGAGAUCUGCAACAAUGGAGAGAUCCUCUACCCCUUCGAGGACAUUUCUUCAAGCAGGUGUGACAGCUGCGGUGCUAUUUUCCAUUCGGAAUGCAAGGUGAAGUCCGUCCCGUGCCCCCGGUGUGUGCGGAGGGAACUCCAGAUGAAGCAGAAGUCUUUCUGGCGGAGACUGAACAUGGAUGAAGGCCUGGGAGAAGCUUGCAACGUGUUUGAACUGUCCUAUCCGAACACUUGACUCGCAGGGAGACGGCAGCACCCGGCAAGAAUCCCUUUCCUACUGCGGAACAAAUGUUGAGCAGGCGGCUUUGCUCUGUCGGGCACAAUCCUUUACCGCAAAAAGCUUAGCUUUGAGGUCCGUGGAAUAUGCAGGGCCAAAGGUACCAAGAACGAGUAGAGUUGACGGAGGCGAGACGUGAAACGCAGGCGGCCCAGCUGGUCUUAAGCCAAAUGUAGUUUACUUGAAAUAUAUCCUAGUCUCUUUGCA